CAUUUGUUGUGAACAGUCCCACCACCGCCGAGGUAAACAAGUACCAUGCCGUUGUGAAAUUCGUACCGUGUGCGCGCAAUUAAAGUACACACGCGUGACGAACGUUGACGUCGGCCGUCACCGUUCUGCACCGCCGUUAGCUGCGAGUGUUUUUUCUUCCCAUUCUUACAUAAUAUGCAAGAACUUGACCCACAUACCUGCGCCACUGACCACUGUUCGCUAUGUUGUUCCUGACGAAAGUGCCGAGCUCGUUCUGCGUUCUGCUAAAGCGCAGCUGCUCGUGCUCCGUAAUACAUGGCGUACGGCCGUACAGUCCCAACGCUCCCGCCACCGCCACCGCCAGCAGCGGAUCGCCCGUGUCCGCCGUGGGGAAGACGCCCGUCGAGCUGCUGAAGGAGAAGCUUAACCACGGUGAGAUACAGCCCGAUCCGCACCAGGUUCGCGUCACCGAAGCCCUGCAGGUAGUGUAUGAUAGUAUUAAAACCUACAGCCCACCUAAACCGAGCACUGGCAUUGGGAAAUGGUUCAGCUUCGGCAGGGCGGAGAAGGCGGUGGCCGCACCCAAGGGACUGUACAUCUACGGCAGCGUCGGCGGUGGCAAAACGAUGCUCAUGGACAUGUUCUACGACUGCUGUGCGAUUGAUCGAAAGCGACGUGUGCACUUCAACUCCUUCAUGACCGACGUGCACGCCAAAAUUCACGACAUCAAAUCGAAACAUGUGCGGGAUGCGAGCAACAGCAAGCCACAACCGUUCGACCCAAUUAAGCCUGUUGCCGAGCUGAUUACCCAGGACUCGUGGAUGAUUUGCUUCGAUGAAUUUCAGGUUACCGACAUAGCGGACGCAAUGAUCUUGAAACGGCUGUUCACUUAUCUCUUCAAUAACGGCGUGAUAGUGGUGGCCACCAGCAACCGUGCCCCCGACGAUCUGUACAAAAAUGGGCUGCAGCGUAGCAACUUUGUGCCGUUCAUCGGAGUGCUGAAGAAUCACUGCAACAUCGUAACGCUCGACAGUGGCGUUGAUUAUCGCACGGCGGCGCUAAAGGGGGAAAGUAAACAUUACUUUGACAAAUCCCAAGGCGCAAGCGAUGCGAACGCUUCGAUGGACAAACUGUUCAAGGUGCUCUGCUCGCAGGAGAACGAUAUGAUACGCCCGAAAACGUUUACCCAUUUUGGAAGGAAUAUAACAUUCGCCAAAACCUGUGGCCAGGUGCUUGACAGUACAUUUGAUGAACUCUGUGAUAAGCCACUCGGUGCAAGCGAUUUCCUACAGAUAGCACAAUUCUUUCACACGGUACUGAUACGCGAUAUCCCGCAAUUGAACCUGAAGCUAAAAUCCCAAACGAGACGAUUCAUCACGUUGAUCGACACGCUUUACGAUAGUCGCGUAAGGCUGGUAGUAUCGGCGGACGUACCGUACAAGUAUCUGUUUUCAAACGAUGCUCCGGACGAUAUGCACACCUCGGACGAGCAUCGUAUGCUGAUGGACGAUCUCAAAAUUACCAAGGAUUCGACGGACGCCAGUUCGAACAUUUUCACGGGUGAGGAAGAAGUAUUCGCUUUCGAGCGGACAGUGUCGCGACUGGCCGAAAUGCAGUCAGCCGAAUACUGGACGCUGUGGGAGAAGCACCGCUAGGUAGAACGAUAUUCAAAUUUCGCGCCAGCAUUGGGCCGAGUGUAUAACGAUGGGUACUUAAAAUUUUGUGUGUAAAUAAUUGACGACCAGAAGGGGUUUUGUAGGCAAAUUUUAAAUCAAUCUUAAAAAAUAAACUAAUAUAUUUAUUCUUG